GAAACCACAAAGAUGACAUCUAAUCUCCCAAAUUUUCAAUUGAAUCCGUUAAUAAAUCAUUCAAUUCGUUCUCAUUUCAUUCCAGCUUUUUCCAUUGAUUCGUCAAAUUACCAGCUCCACAAACCCAAAAAGAUUCCUCCUUCAUUAUCCGUUCAUUGCAAUAUCUCUUCUCCACCCAAGUCCAAAGAAGAAGCUAUACGCCAAGCCAAGACCUGCCUUUCAUCCACCUUAGAGAAGCCUCUCAACAACCCAAAACUUGCUGGCAAACUCAAGAAACUAAAGCAGCCUAGAUUCCGUGUUGAAAUCCCGGUCAUUGAUGACUCACCGGAUUCCUUAACACAACUUGCGCUUCAAGUGUUUGAUGAAAUGCCCCUUAAGAGAAAAGGCUCUAAUGUUAGGUUAUCAAUACUAUGGCCCAAUUCUACACUAACAGAAGCUGCCAAAAAAGCAUCAUUUGGGUCUGUUGAACAUGUCGACAUUUCUUCACUAACGAAUAUGGGGAUUGGGGGGAACACUGUUUUGAACUCUGCUGAUGUGGUGGUGUUUUUGACACCAGAAGCUUCACAAAUGGAAGUAAUGGAGACAAUCACCAACACUUUGUAUCCAAAGCCGGUGGUAAUAUUCAAUCCCAGGUGGAGUUAUGAGGAGGAGGAGAGCAGUCUUGGUGAUUUUAGUGGCUUUUUGGGAUCAUUUGAAGUGAUUUAUUCGUUUAUGGGAUUGGAGGUUAGAGGGCUGUUGAGUAAGAAAAAUGGUGUGGUCUUCAAGUGUGUUAGAGAUGGGGUUUUGAGUGGAGAGAGGUGGAGUGUGUUGGUUGAAGAAGAAGGAGAACUGAAAGUAGUAUCAAGAUUCAAGACAAGACCUUCCAUCACUGAAGUUGAGAAUGUGCUAUAUAAUCUGAUGGCCAUUAAAUCUCCCAUCACCAAGUCUGCAAAGUUCUUGAAAGGAUUGAUUUCAAAUGUAACUGGGAAAAAACCUAUUUGACUACUUCCAAGAAUCAUUAGCAAGCUGAAGAAAGGGAAGAGUCCAAAGCAACUGCGUAGAACUUCUGGACUUGAUGAAUUUAUCUGAGAAGUUGACAUAUUUGGUCCAUAAUGCCCGAAGCUGCGGAAACGCUAUAUCUAGCCAUGGUUUUGCUCGGCCAUUGAAAUGGAUCACAGCAGCAUUUUUCACGUCUGCAAUGCUUGUAUUCUCUUGGUACCCAAGUCCUAACAUAUGCCAGAAAGGAUCGAUAAUAUGGACAUACCCAUGGAAAGCUAUCAAUCCUGGAGGUAAUGUUCCUAGCUGCCACAAACUUAGAUCUGAUUUCAAGUUCUGCACGAAAAAAGCAAGUUAUUACUUAUUAGAGUUCUGCACGAAAAAAAGCAGGUGACCACUUUCGAACCAAAAUGCCAACU